AUGCCCUGGGUGCAUACUUUGGCAGUGUGCACUAGUCGACUUGGCGCUGGUGCAACCUCCGCCAGAAUUCUACAAACCGAACCUUCCGGCGAGAUUCAGGGGUAUCUACGGCAACCACAUAUCCAUAACUCGGCCGGCCCAGGUGGCAUUCUUCCAGCUACCACCAAGCCCUCGGGGGACAUCAUAGAUCCACCGGUAUGUGGGCUGUACGGGCCCACUUUGGACCAGGGUGAGCGGGUUCAGGACUGGAAAACCUUGAAAGUCAUGGAAACUGACAUUUAUAAUCUCAAUAUUAACAUCGAAAAGCCUAGGUAUGACCAGUCUACCUACGCUGGACGAGCAAAGCACUUUUUCAUCACCACCAAUCCGCUGAAUGUACUGAAAACUUCCAGAGAACUAGAGGAUGCGAAAACAAUUGUUCAGAAGUACAGAUCGAGAAAGCCCCUUCCAGGAAUAACAGAAAAUGAGCUGUGGCAUGCAAAACAAAUUUACGAUUCUGCUUUUCACCCGGACACUGGAGAAAAGAUGCUGUUCUUUGGUCGCAUGUCUUUCCAAUUUUAUAAAUCCGCACCUCAAGUGAUCUUUUGGCAGUGGUUUAAUCAGACAUUCAACGCUGCUGUUAACUAUACUAAUCGAAGUGGUGACACUCCGAUUUCGGUUACUCGCCUUGGUAUUUCGUACGCGUUGGCAACUACCGGUGCAGUGGCUACUGCGCUAGGAAUUAAUAAACAGGUUCAGCGUUUCCCACCACUCAUCGGCCGUUUUGUUCCUUUCGUCGCAGUAGCCGCGGCUAACUGCAUCAAUAUUCCGUGUAUGCGCAGCGUCGAGUUUUCCGAAGGCACACCAAUCACAGAUGGAGAUGGUCAGCCACUUGGAAAAUCGGCGGUCGUUGGACGUCUAGCUGUCACUAAAGUUGUGAUCUCUCGUAUCCUCAUGGCCGUUCCCGGAAUGAUUAUUCCGCCAAUCGUGGUAGAUGCGCUUGAGAAGCGUGGCAUUUUGGCUCGUGCUCGUUGGAUCGGACCGACGGUCCAAGUCUCCAUUUGCGGGCUUUGUCUGACUUUUAUGACGCCAUUGUGUUGUGCACUGUUCCCCCAAAUCAGUUCAAUUGCAUUCGACAAGUUGGAACCGUCUGUUCAAGCCGAAAUUCGUGAAAAACUUGGUGCAAACGUGCCCACUCUGGUCUAUUACAAUAAGGGACUCUGA